AUGAUGGUGGUGCUGCAAGGCCAGCGGCUAGGACCCCUGGGCCUCCUGGGCCCCUGGGAGCACAGCCCGAAGUGUGCAGCGAGGAGGCUCCCCACUGUGGGGCUCAGCCCUCGGGGGGCCUCGCUGUGCCCGCCCCCUGAGAGCUCCGCAGGGCCCCAGCAGCCUGGCCUGUGUGCCCCCCGCAGCCGCCUGAUCCCCGCACCGCGGGGUGCGGUGCUGGUGCAGCGGGAAAAGGACCUGUCCGCCUACAACUGGAACUCCUUCGGCCUGCGUUACGGCAAGCGGCAGACAGCACCCGGAAGCUGCGGCGACGGCUCUGGGCGGGGCUGAACGCGCAGGUGCCGACCUUGAACUUCCAACCCGGAAUGAGGGGUC